CGUAUUUCCGCCCUGUCAACCUUCAGAAAAGCAAUGACAUUGUGAACGGGACUGGAGAACCAAAAGGAGGAUUCAGAUGCAUUUCACCACAUAAGAUGGCGAGCUACAAAACGCUGUUUCAAGAAAAGAAAAACCAGAAUUGGUUAAAGGCGUCAGUUGCUGUGGAUAUAACCAGAACAGGAAUAAUACCUUUUGUUACGACAAUCGUUACAAUUCUUUACAAAGAUAUAUGUGCAAACGUUGAACGAAUCAACGGUUUACCACCUGGGGUAACAUGCAACGCCUGUACAACACCAAAUGUCCUGAAAUGUGGAACGAAAGGAGUUUGUGGACGUUUAAGAUUUCUUCCAUGCAAGUUUCAUCAGACUGCAAUGUUCAGAAAAUGUCCUGCAAAUAUUUGUAAUGAGUUUAUGUUGGGUAUCGAAGGGCAUCACAGGUUUAAUGGUCCGUCUUGGAAAAACACCAAUGCAAGUGACUGGUGUUCAAACCCGUGGGAAGUUGCAAAGUGCUUUCUUCCACCAGAUGGUUACUUGAACGUCAAAACAGCAGAUGAUACAGAUAUAAAUGGCAUCAUUAAUCUCAUCAUUAAUUGCAAAUUCUUUGACAGUUACUUCACAGACGAUCUCUCUCUACUAUACAAUAUCUGCACGAAGGUGCGAGAUGUCGGGAAAAAACUUCGCCAUUCACCAAGUCUGAUGGUAACUGAUGUUGAUUUAUCAAACUGUAUGGAUGCGUUGAAAACACUUCUGCAAGACAGCAUGUCUUUGGCGUCAAACCCAUCAGCACAGGAUGCACUAGCAAAACUGAUACUGUUGGAAAAUGACCAGUUGAGUGUGUCAACAGACGAUCUGGCAAAUGUUAUAAACAAUGCUAUAUCAACAACAAGUGAAAUGCUCGAGACAGGAAUGAAUCUCCAAGAUAAAAUGAAUGAGCUCAAAGGACUAGAGCAGCAGAUCCAAGCUUUAGCCGAUGAAGCAGUUAGGAGGAUCGCAAGGGCUAGAAACGAGGACAACCAUGAACGUUACAGUUCAAAAUCUGCAGCUUUAAAACAAGACCUGCAAAAAUAUUAUUUGGAAAGCUGUUCUGCUCUCGACCUUCGACCGUUGUUUGACAUGCUUACACCAAACUUGGUUGAAAUGUACAGGCCUCCUCACCUGAGCAAGUCGACAGUAACCAAAGGUCAUUUUGAUUCGGGUAUUGGUGAUAACAGUAAAAUAGUUCGAUCCGAGAUAAAGGAGUUUGACGAAGUGUUUCUAAGUAUGGGCGAGCAGGCAAAACACAUUUACAUCACCGCUAAAGCUGGGGUAGGGAAGUCAACCUUUUGUAAAUUCAUUGUGCGUCUAUGGUGCGCUUUGCAAACAAAUGAUACAGCAGAAAUAGAAAGCCUAAAGUCAAGAGGAGCGGGAAUGUAUUUGAAUGCUUGCGAAGAACUUAAAAACGUGCAAUAUGUUUUCUAUGCGCGUCUUAUUCAAUCGAAAUCUAGACUGUGUGAAAUGGACGACAUUGUGUUACAUCAGGUUAUAAAAAGAUUAUCAAAGUCUGAGGAUUAUGAUAUGAAGUUUCUUCAAGAAAUUCUUGAUAAGGAACGAUGUUUGAUGAUUUUUGACGGCCUGGAUGAAUGGAACCAUCCGGAUGUGAAAAAUAAUCGCUGCUUUGAGGAGGAUAAAGAGUCACCACAUGCCAGAAGUAGGGACAAAUGCACCGUUAUGAUUACAUCGAGACAUUGGAGGCUCGGGCUGCAGAAAAUGCAUUCUAAGAAGUCAAAUAUAUGUGUUGAAAUAGACGAAAUGAAUACAAAAAACAUACGAUUACUUGUUAAACAAGCCUUUACUCUUCUAGUCGGUGAUUCGGAGCAUUCAAGAACAAUUGAUGACUUCUUUGAAAUGAUUGACCAAAAGGGUCUACAUUAUUUAUUUGGCAGUACCCUUGUUGCAUUACAGUUGCUCUCUUUGUGGUACGAAGGUCACUCCCUCGGCGAUACAAAAUGUCAUAUUUAUUGUGAUGUGCUGGAAAUGAUGUUAGCCAACGCCUUAAAAAGAAAUCCUCAUUUACAACAAUAUGUUGCUGAAGAUCAUCAACAACCUGAUACAAUAAAAUGCUUACAAACUCGACGUCAUUGUGUGAUAUAUCAAGACUACAUACGAAACCUCGGCAAAAUGGCAUUUGAAUCGCUUUUUAAUGUUAAAACAUUGGAGGCCCAAAUAGAAGAAAAUCUGUCGCAAAGUACUCGCAAAACAGAGGAACUUGGACUACUUACAGGACUUCUUACGAAAACACCAUUACACUCUUCAGUAAAUCCACGAUAUGAGUACAGUUUUCUCCACAAAACGUACCAAGAAAUGUUAGCUUGCGUCUACAUUGCAUCAAUGCCCUAUAACAGCGAGGAGCGUGAACGCUUAGUCGAGACCAUAAAGUCAUCAAGCCAAACAUUAUCGUUCGACAUGAUGCUGUUUCUGUGUGGUAUGCAUGGAACAUUUGCACAAGAUAUGUUUGAAAUAUAUUGCGACUUACAAACAGCAAUACUUUGUCAACUAUCAGAAAUUGAACAUUCAUCUGUAAUACUAUUUCAUGAAAAUAGUUUGAGUGUCAUUCGAGAAAAGAAAGCAAACAAUAUUUCAUGUGAAACUGGUAUAAAAAUGCGCAGUUUAGUACUAGAUAAAACUUACAAUAAUAGUAGCGCCAUGUUCACUGAAGAUUGUGGUGAUAUAUCGUUUUUGGUUUUGGAAAUGGACGAAAUCGAAAAUAUAGAUAUGUUUGACCGUGUUCAAACAAUCGCGGACUUUUGCGAAACCAAAUUGAAAUUCAUUUAUAUUGAAAACAUUUGUGACGAGGAGUACUUUAUACCGUGUCCCAUUACACCUGAAACCAUAAACUCGUGUAUAAAUUUGCAUACACUUGUCCUUAGCAACUUAACUUUCGAUGGAGAGCUAGAUCUAUCUGGUUGCAGCAGUUUGUCAUGUCUAGCGUUAUCACUUCCAAGUAAAGGAGAUCCAGUCAAAUUGACUAUAUCACCAAAUAGGUUAACAAAGUGUGUAAUUAACGCAGAAAAUCCGUAUUGUUCGCCAAUAGUCAGCAUCAAGUGUAAGUGCCCGUUUAAUUCAGGAUUACUCCAACAGCUUGUUCUUUUCGAUGUCAAACUUGAAGAUAAUUUACGUCUUUUAGACUGUGAACAGUUGCUUGGAUUGGUGCUAGUCAACGUUGACACAAGAGAUAUAACUACAAGUAUUGACUAUAGUAUAGUAGAAACAUGUGUCCUUGGAGGUUUUACUGAUCCAACAGGCAUGAAGGAUGCACUACAUUCUCUACAGCAUUCAAAAUGUUUGAAAGAGUUUGCAAUAGUAAGUCUUAACGAUUCUAUAAGAUCAUGUCUAAACGAAACGCUGUCAUCGUUAGAGAACGUUGAAAAGAUAGGAUUCUUUAUGUCUGAAUCCCCUCUCAUGGAUCUACACAUACCAAUGAGUGUCAGGGAAUUGGAAUUCGACGGCAUACUUAUAUCAGCAGACUGUUUGAUGAGCUUAAUAAACAACUGUAAGGCAAAACAAGGAGAAGUGCAAUUCUUUUUAAGUGGCUGUUAUGUUUCCCCUAGUGACGAUGUUUCGAUAGAAAGCAUUGUUGGGGACAUACAACAAUGCAAUCAGUGUAUUUUAAAUGAGGUGUCGAUUUUGCAUGAGGACGAGAUGGAAGAGGGUCCCGUUAUUGGUCAAAUGAACGUGUCUGAACUAGAUUUCAAAAUCAACAGUGACAGACAAAACGAAUGACAUUGAAUAUUAACAAGUUGUCCUAACAAAGACUCCGCAGCUUUACAGAGAAAAGCAAAAUGAAAAAAUACCAUAACAAUAGUGUACAUUUGAUGUUGAUGGUUAAAUAACUGUGUGAGUAUUUAACUUCGAAGUCACGAGAGACAGACGGAACAUGGCAUAUUUACAAUUUGUUUACACUAAUACUUCAUAGCUUUACACAAAAAGUAACAAUGUAUCACUACGUUAAUGUACGAACAAAUAAUAUAAUCUGUGAUGACGUGUAAGAAUUUUAGUUUAUUCAAACUUUUUCUAUAUUGUGUUUAUAACGAAAGGCGAGUUAUCAGUAUAUAUGAAAGUUUAUUGUGUAUAAAAUAAUUAUCGUGUAAUAAAAUUAUUAACUUGU